GAGGGGCCGACAAGGCCUGGCUGCCCCAAGAGCACACACUCACAGUGGGAUCACUCCAGAUAGAGACGUCACCUCGCUGCCCUCCUUCUUCGCGCUCUUUGGACCUUAAAAUUUUUGGAUUGCUCAACGAGUUGCUCUCUCGGAGACACCCCUCGAAGCUGACUUUCUGAGAUAUUGGAAGGGAGGUCUGGGGUCGGGAGGGGGCACUUUCUCCUGUCUGUCAGAGGAUCUGGAUGUGAUUAGAUCCGCGGAUCCACCGAGCUUGAUGCUGGAGAUAUGGGGAGCCGUUUAGCUGGGAGAUUGUGGAAGUGAAUUGGAGUUUUGUGCAAAGCGUAAAGAGAAAUGCUUUUCCUAGAGCGCCCUUGUGCGAUGAACCUGGAGCGCAGCGACAGAGUCGAGCGCCCUUCACCCAGAGGCUCAGACAUGGAGGCUCGCACUGGGGGAAAGAUGGGGAAGAUGUCUGUGGGCUUCCAGAGGAGCUCCACCUCAGACGACGACUCCGGAUGCGCCUUGGAGGAGUACUCCUGGGUACCCCCAGGACUCAGGCCUGAACAGGUCCAGAUGUAUUUCUCCUGUCUGCCAGAGGACAAGGUGCCGUACGUCAACAGCCCGGGAGAGAAGCACAGGAUCCGACAGCUCCUCUACCAGCUGCCGCCGCAUGACAACGAGGUGCGUUAUUGCCACUCUCUAACGGAGGAGGAGAAGAGGGAGCUCCACAUGUUCAGCACCCAGAGGAAGAGGGAGGCGCUGGGGAGGGGGACGCCCAAGAUUCUCCCCCGGGCUCUGCAGCACACCCGCUGUGAAAAUUGUUGCGGCGAAAUCAACGGAGGGGAGAUGGCAAUUUUUGCCUCAAGAGCAGGACCAAGCCCCUGCUGGCACCCAGCAUGCUUUGUGUGUGCCACGUGUCAAGAGCUGUUGGUGGAUCUGAUCUAUUUCUACCAAAAUGGCAAGAUCCUCUGCGGCAGACAUCACGCUGAGCUUGUCAAACCUCGUUGCUCUUCCUGUGACGAGAUCAUCUUUGCAGAUGAGUGCACUGAAGCGGAGGGUCGCCACUGGCACAUGAAGCACUUUGCCUGUUUUGAGUGUGAGACAAUGCUCGGGGGGCAGCGGUACAUCAUGAAAGAUGGACGGCCCUUCUGCUGUGGGUGCUUUGAGUCACUCUAUGCAGAGUACUGUGAGGCCUGUGGUGAAAACAUUGGCGUCGACCAUGCCCAGAUGACCUAUGAAGGUGUACACUGGCAUGCCACUGACCAGUGCUUCUGCUGUGCCCAGUGUAAGACAUCGUUGCUGGGCUGUCCCUUCCUGCCCAAGCAAGGACGCAUCUACUGCUCCAAGGCCUGCAGCCAGGGGGAAGACAUUCAUGCCUCAGACUCAUCUGAUUCCGCAUUCCAGUCCGCCCGCUCGCGUGAAUCUCGGCGCAGUGUUCGAAUGGGCAAGAGCAGCAAGCCUGGGGAACAGUGGAGGCAGUCGCAGCUGUUUAAUCCUCCUGCCACCGUUUCCUCCCCUGAGCGCAAGUUUGGGGAUGGUGGUGAAGGUGACGCAGAUGCGGAGGGUGACAUUGAUAUUGUAGGGCGUAAGCUGGCCCGUCUUGGUCUGGAGGAGGAGAGGUUCUGGAGGGAGCGGGAGGAGCAGGAUGCUGGAGGAGAGGAGGAUCCAGAAGAAUGGGCUCAGCAUGAAGACUAUAUGACUCAGCUUCUUCUCAAAUUUGGUGACCGCGGCAUGCUACAUCAACUCCAGCAGCCAUGCCUAAAAUCUCCCAGCCCUACCAGUGACAGAAACAGGCAAAUAAGCAUCUCUGAUCCCUGGCUAAAGCCAGAUACUACAUCCAUGGGGAUUACUGCCUCCUCUCCGACGCCUACCAGUCCUACCCAGAGUCAAACUUCCAAUCAUAGCCCAGGACUGAUGAGCAAGAAGCACCUGCCUGAAAUGUACUGGGCUCAAUCACAAGAUGGGCUGGGAGACUCAGCCUAUGGAAGUCAUCCAGGUCCUGCCAGUGCCAGAAAGAUCCAAGAGCUGGAGUUGGACCAAGAUCCGGACCGGUCUGGGGCAGGAAGGCAGGCCUUCUGGCCAGACAACAAUCAGUGGUAUGAAGACUCCCUAGAAUGUAUUGCUGAUGAGCUGAGGAAGGUUGAGAAGGGAGUUGGAGAUUCCAUGGACUCCUUGGCACUCUCAAACAUCACAGGCGCAUCAGUGGAUGGAGAUGGGAGGGAUAGGCCUUUAGUCUACACCCUUCAUUCCAUGCAGGGUCCUUCAGUGGCAGAUGACUGCGAAAAGAUGAGCAACAUGGGAACGUUCAAUUCGUCUCAUAUUCACCAUAGUGCCAACUCCCUCAACCUCAACAUGGACAAGGGAGAUGAGGAAGCAGAGGAGGAGGUGGCAUUGGCAAUGAGGGGAGGCCCCUCGGGAGGACUUCUCUCACUGUCCCCACAUUCAGACGGCCUCUCUCCCUCCUUUGUACAAGCUCCAGCUCUAAGGAGGAGCAAAUCCCAAUCCAGGCCUCCUCAGAUGGUCAAAUUCUCAGAAGACACUGUAGACAAUGGAUAUAAUGAUGGAUUUGAAGUUAAUAUUAGAAAGCAUCCCAUGAGCGAGAAGCCACAAAGGAGAACAUACUGCCCAGACGAGAUGGGAAGAGAAAGAUCCCGUCCAACCAGCCACCAUGGGCGCAGCAGGCAACACCAUCAUCGGCAAGGCCGGCACCAUAGAAGCCGCAAAACCCGCUCGGACAAUGCCCUUCACAUGGUGCCUUUGGAAAAAGCACAGAGGCCGUACCAGCCCCAGCAGCAGGGUUUGGUAAACCCUGCCUAUGGUGCUAUGCUCCUACAGCAUCCCCCACACAGGCUGCCGCUGGCCUACUCCCAAACCCGAUCUGACUAUAUGCUUCAGAGCUCAACACAAAGAGACCCACGGGUUGAGCAUUUUAUGGGUCUCGGAGAGGAGGAUGACUGGUGCUCGACUUGCUCUUCCUCAUCAUCGGACUCUGAGGAGGAGGGAUAUUUUCUUGGCCAGCCAAUUCCUCAGCCUCGACCUGCUGGCCGCUAUUAUGCAGAGGACUACCCAACGAGGGUCACAGCCCUCUCAUCCCAGAGCCACGGAUCACAGACUGGUCGCCGGAAAAGCCAUCGCUCCAAGAACUGUAUAAUUUCUUAACAGGGCAGAAUGUACUUGCAUUAUGUUCUGCACUAGACAAACCAAUAAAGCCAAGAUUAUCUAAACAUACUGUAUAAAGGUUAACACAGAUCUAAUGUGGCCAUAAAUCAACAUGCAUAUCAUAUUUCAGUCUUAACAUCUACUGAAAGAAGAAAUGCUCAACCCGUUGAGAAAAUUUUGGAGCUGUGCAACAUAUAGUCUAGAGAAUCACUUUUUGCGUGUGUACCAAGUGCAUGAAAAUUUGGCCUAGAGUCUAGGUCAUAAAGAAUUUUAGCACUAGCAAGAUGCAUGGACAGGUAAAGUUCAAAGCCUUUAAAUAGUUCAGCCAGAAAUUAUGUACAGUUGGCAGUGAAGAUGCUGAACUUUCAUUUCUUUAGUUUUACAGCAGUGUCUUUGUGUGCUUUAAAACAUUAUUGUACACAGAGGCUGAGAAUUAUAGUAGAAAAUAGAAGCUAACCAAAUAAUUAUUUAAUGCGUAAUAGUAAAAAAUUAAAAUGUAUAUACUAAGUUAAGAUUUUAAUACUGGUAUUUUUAUAUACGCGGUUUUGAGAAUUGUUUUGUUUGAAGUGUAUGAUUAAAAAUAGGAGUUGUAAUAAAAAAAAAAAACAUCCCUCGUUAGGAUUUUAUGACAAAGAAGGUGCUGUUUGAUUGACAGCAAAGUGCCAUAUUACUCAAAAAUGUUUGCCACAACAUGCAUUCCACAGUGCUCACUCUCGGUGUACAAAUUAUUAAAUGACUGGCAGCCACGCCUUCAUUCUCCAUAUUCAGUUCAGCUGUUCGCUACCAUUGCUUUGACAUAACCAGCAAAAUGCUUUGUGGUGUAAAGAUGCGUGUAAUAAAUAUUUCUCUCCAAAGCUUCAAAA